GCUUCACAACACUAAAAGAGUGGUUGGCAAAGCUUUUUUAUAAGCUUUUACAGGCUUUUGGUAGGUUGGCAGCCCCAGAAAACAGCUGUUUAAUUUGUUUCUCAGAACGUAUUUAGUUAAACAAACCAUUUGCAAGACCAUCUUAAGACCAAAUACCAAUUUAAGUUGUAUUUGCAAACAUAAACUAAUAAUAUAAUUCAUAAAAAUUGAAAUAACAACAUAUAAACACAAUUUAACAGCCAUGCUUUCACUCAAAGACUUUAAAACUGUGAGUCCCGAUCUUUUGAUGGCAACUAUGGGUUUUAAAAUCUACAAGGACUUGAAAAAUGACGAACCUGACGUGAACUUGCAGCCAAAAUAUGACGAACAUUUAAAUGCAUUUUAUUUACUGAAGGAAGAACUUACAGCCUAUGUGCCCAUACUUCACAGCAAACCGAUUGAUUUUCGCUUGAUUCAACGCCUGCAACAAAGGCUGGAAAAUACUGUCAUAUUCCUGGCCAUUGUGGACAAUACAGCCAACAUUUUGUACUACCAAAUGGGCAAGGGUUUCUGCGAGAAAACCAUAAGGAACAACAGCUAAUUAAUAGCAAUAGAUACAUUUAUUCAAAAUCAUAUCAAUAAUAUGUAUGUAUAGUAUAAGUUACAGUCACAACUUGAAGCUUAACAAAGUGACUGAUGUUAAAAUUAAAUCGACAAUAAUAAUCAUAAUAAUAAAAAUGACAAUAUAAGAUCUGCA